AUGCCCUUCGGGCUAAAGAACGCCGGCGCGACUUAUCAGCGACUCAUCAAUCGAAUGUUUGCUGAUCAGCUUGGCAACACCAUGGAAGUGUACAUCGACGAUAUGUUAGUCAAAUCGCUCAAGGCCGACGAUCACCUAAAGAACUUACGCGACUGCUUCAAGAUCUUGAACGACUACGAGAUGAAGCUCAACCCGAUCUCGGCGAUCCUCGACCUUCCAAGCCCAAAGAACAGCCGCGAAGUACAGCGACUAACCGGACGCAUAGCAGCUCUCAACAGGUUCAUCUCGCGAUCAACCGAUAAGUGUCUUCCCUUCUACGAGCUACUAAGGGGCAAUAAGAGGUUCGUCUGGGACGAAAAGUGCGAGGAGGCGUUCAAUCAACUCAAGCAUUACCUCAAGCAUUACCUCACAACCCCCCAGUACUAUCGAAGCCAGAAGUCUCUCUACAUAGCCGUCACAUCCUCCGCCGUCAGCAGCGUGCUCAUUCGAGAAGAUCGGGGAGAACAGAAACCAAUCUUUUACACCAGUAAAAGAAUGACCGAGCCGGAGACGAGAUACCCAACACUCGAAAAGAUGGCCUUAGCUGUCGUCACCUCGGCCAGGAAACUACGACCCUACUUUCAAUCGCACACGAUUGAAGUACUGUCCAACCAACCACUCCGAACGGUUAUGCAGAAUACUAACCAAUCAGGACGGUUGACUAAAUGGGCGAUAGAGCUGAGCGAACAUGACAUCGUGUACAAGAAUCGCACAGCAGCAAAGUCACAGGUCCUUGCCGACUUCUUUAUCGAGUUAACACCAGAGCUGGAGCAAGACCUCAUCCUACCAAGUGUAAACUGGAUCCUACACGUCGACGGUUCAUCCACGAGUAAAGGUUUUGGUUUUGCGGCGUCAAACAACGAAGCUGAGUACGAAUCCCUCAUCGCAGGGCUCCGUCUCGCCAAGGCAGUGAAAGCCAAAAAAGUCAGCGCUUACUGCGACUCUCAACUUGUCGUAAGCCAGUACCUCGGCGAUUACGACGUCCGCAACGAAAGGAUGGACGCCUACCUCAAACUCGUUCCUCGCGGAGAAAAUGUUUGUGCCGACGCCCUCGCUGCUCUAGGAAGCAAGCUACACGAUCAAGUCAAGAGGACAAUCCCAAUCCAUAAAAUCGAGAAACCGAGCAUCGACACGAAGGCAGAGCAGACUGCGAUUGCAGCAGCGAUUAGCGAAGCGAUGGACAUCGACGAAGCAGAACCUCCUUCGCAAGAUGAUCAGCCAACAGAUUGGCGCAAGGAACUCAUCGAUUACCUCGCUGAAGGUUUAUUGCCCACCGAGAAAUGGGACGCGCGGCGACUGAAGCGACGUAGCGCACACUACAUUGUCAUGGACGGGGAACUACACCGAUGGACCGCGACGAAGGUGCUACUCAAAUGUAUCUCCGGCGAAGAAACGAGACUAGUCAUGGCCGAAACAGAUGAAGGAGCAGCAGGCAAUCACUCGGGCGGACGAGCUCUCGCAUUAAAAGUAAAGAAUCUCGGAUUCUACUGGCCAACCAUGAACGCCGACUGCGAGACAUACGUGCGCAAGUGCGACAAAUGCCAGCGUCACGCUUCCACCAUACACAGCCCAACGGAGUUCCUUUAUACCCUAACUGCUCCAUACCCAUUCAUGCGAUGGGGAAUGGACAUCAUCGGUCCGAUGCCGGCAUCUCACCAAAAGAAGUUCAUCCUGGUCCUCACAGAUUACUUCACCAAGUGGGUUGAAGCCGAAGCCUAUGCCAGCAUCACCGACAAGGAGGUGCAAAACUUCGUCUGGAAGAACAUAAUCUGCCGACACGGGCUCCCAUACGAGAUCAUCACAGACAACGGUUCACAAUUCAUCUCGCAUCAUUUCAAGGGAUUCUGCGACCGAUGGCGAAUUCGACUCAACAUGUCGACCCCGAGAAACCCGCAAAGUAACGGCCAAGCCGAGUCAACGAACAAGACCAUCAUCGACGGUCUGAAGAAACGACUCGACUUAAAGAAAGGUUGCUGGGCAGAUGAACUAGACAGUGUCCUGUGGUCCCACAGAACAACUCCUCGUGGAGCGACGAAGGCUACACCCUUCUCGAUGGCCUACGGCGUCGAGGCAAUGGCUCCCGCAGAAGUGAAUGUGACGAGUUUGCACCGAUCGCGAAUGCCACAAAAUGUCGAACUCAACCGCGACAUACUGCUCGACGCACUCGACGACAUCAAGGAAAAGCGCGACCAAGCUCUACUCCGUAUCCAGAAUUACCAGCAUCAAAUCGAAAGCUACUACAACAAAAAGGUCAAAUCGCGUCCCCUCGAAAUGGGCAAUCUUGUCUUAAGAAAGGUCUUCGAAAAUACUAAGGAGUGGAAAGCAGGCAAGCUUGGAGCCAACUGGGAAGGACCAUAA